AUGAGUUUCGCCACGUCGACGUACGCGGCGGCCAGCUCGCCGCUCCGGCGCCUGAGCACAGCCGCAGACAACCUCGGCGCUCCAAAGGGCUGGCCCGAGGCGCAAAAGGCGGAGAGCCACCUCGCGAUACUUCACCGGAUCGCCAACCAGCCACCGACACGCCGCCUGGGCCACCGCGGCGACUUUAUCCCCAUCCGGCGCUGCAGCUCAGCCCUCUCCUCGGCUCCGACACUAGCCGAGGGUGAGGCGGCGGCGGCGCCGCCUCUCAAGGCCGGGCCAUCGCCGUUCAGGCCGGUCGGAUCGACGCCGCCGGGAAGCGGCUGGCAGCUCGGUGUCGGGCCGCUUGCCUCGCGCUCGUCGCAGCUGGCCGGCUCGCUGCCCGACACGCCGUGCGAGGCGCAGCACGCGACGCACCCCUCGCGGCGCGGAGAGAGCGCAGACGACGAUGAGACCGCGUGGGCCUCUCCCGCCGCCUCUCCCGCCGCCUCUCCCGCGCUGAUGCCUCUCGCUGAAGAGAUCCGGCGGCGGCAGGUCGAGGAGGCCUGCCGCGCCGCCGCCCGAGGAGCCGCGACGCCGCCCGCACCGCCCGGCGAGAGCGGGCGGCAAGGCACCGACACGCACCGCCCUCGAGCCGCCUCCCGGCACCUCGCGGCGGCGGCUGCGAACGCGGCGGCGGGCGCGGCCUCGGGAGCGCUGCAGCGCACCACGGUCGUCGAACCGCCGCUGCCACCGCCCGCUGGCGCAGCAGUGCUCACCGGCGGCGCCGGCCUGAAGGGCGACCCUUGGGCGGGCGAUUCCAGGGCCAGCGAGCUGGUGCGGCAGCGGCGGAACAGCGCGCUAGCAGCGAGCCCCGGAGUGGCUGACGCGUGCAGCCCGGCGGUGUGCGCGGGAGCGACUCUGUUGGACGAGCGGCGAAGCUCGCUGGACGAGCCCCUCGCCCUCGAGGCAACUCUGCUGGACACGACGCUGCUGGACGCGACGCCGGAUGCGUCCCUCGACGAUCCUGGCCCGCUCCAACCACCGGUGCGGCAGCAGGUCGAGGCGGAGCUGAGAGAGAAGAUGCAGACCGAGCUGCAGGCGCAGGUCCAGGCGCAGGCGGAGCGGGAGACGCGCGAGCGCGAGCGCGAGUACACCUCCAAGUUCGACGCCCUCUCCUCGCGCCUCGAGCACUUUCUCUCCACCGGCGCCGCCGACCUCGUGAGCGCGGCGGACGCGAUGAAGCAGGCCCUGCGGAAGAAGGCAAACACGCGGCUCGUCGAGCGGAAGGACGAGGUGGCCGCCCUGGUCUGCCGCGCGCUCGGCGAGCUGGGCGAUGGCGUCGACGCAGCCGAGGGCGCGCUGAAGGAGCUCGAGGGGGCGGCAGACUCGCUCGGGCUGCCGCUGGCGGCCGAGGAGUGGGGCGCGCGGCUCGGCUCGAUCAAGAAGAAGGGGGGUGGAUCUCACUUUGACGAGGCCCUCCUCGGCCGCGCGGGCGAGGCGCAUCGCCGCCUCUCCUCCCUCGCGUCGAUGGCGUCGCUGUCGCGCGUGCAGACCAUCGCGCGCCUCUCGGAGAUGCUGCACCUCCUCUCCAAGACGGUGGGGGAGAUCACCAAGGACGGCGGCUACGCGCCCGCCCUGCGCGAGAUGGCCGCGUUGCGCGUGCCGGAGUCGCUCGACGACGACGCGGCGGCGGCACAGCUCUCCUCGGCCGUGCUCGCGGAGGUGGCGCGCGAGGUGGCGGAGAAGGAGCUCGCGGGGCUGCGCUCCGAGAAGGCACUCACGCGCCGCUUCCGCGCGCCGCAAACCCUCGCGGUGCUGCGAGCGGCGCGCGAGGUGGUGCAGGACGUAGCGAAUUUCCUGCCCGCCUCGGAGGAACUCAGCCGGUCAGUGGGAGAGCAGCGGGCGCUGCUCGAUGCGGGGAUCGCGGAGGUCGAGCCGAUGGCGGCGGCGGGGCAGCAGGCCUGCUACGAGGAGGAGGACGAGGAUUAUGUCUGA